CUAAUAUUGAAAUUGUAAUAUAAUAAUUUACAAAAUAAUAUUACAAUUAAAAAUAAUGCUAUAUCAAUCAUCCAAUGUUACAACAAUCCCCUUAAAAACCUUUGAAUUUGCAAAAAGGUGAAAAAAUGCAGAACAUUUCAAUUUUAGGGGUUAAAGUGUAAGUUCUGAAUAUAUCUCUUUAUUUUAAUAAAAAUCAUAAAAUGUAGGGACCAAGUUGAAACAUUUGAAAACUAAAGUGACCCUAAUAAGAUUUGUAUUCUUGCAAUCGACCCAUGCCCAAAUCAGAACUAAUAUAAAAUUGUCGGCGGCGCCACCAGCUCUAAUUCAUUUCCGCCGCCGCCGCGAAGAACACAGUUACACCACGAACACCGCCGGAAGCCGUUCGUCCCCAUUCUAGUCCGAUUAACCGCUGCCACGGUGGGUGUGAGCCGCUACAUGCCGGAACUUUGUCGCGGUGGCCUCCGUUCCGGCUCCACCAACCCCGUUCCGGCCGCUACGGCGGCGUUCCGAUAAGAAAAAUUAUUUGCAUGUACUCACUUGUCGUGUAUUAUUAAGAAGAGUCAAAGAAGAGAAGUUGUAAAAGAUAAUGAGUUAUUACAAUCAGAAUCAACCUCCUGUUGGUGCACUUCACCCUCAAGGUUACUCAAAGGAUGCGUAUCCACAACAACAAUUUAACGGCAGUUCCGAUUUCAAUGAAGGACGUUUGGCUGCUCAACGCCAAAAUUCCACACCGCCAUCUUCUUCCUCUGCGGUGAGGCUGUGGAGACCAAAUGCUCAACGGAACGUUCGGAACCAAUGGUCGAAGCUCAAUCGUCUACGCCACGACUGGCGGUCCGCUGCUUCUGCCGCCCGUUCUCACGCCACCAACAUCGUCAACUCCUACCUCUCACAAAAGUAUAUGGAUGGAAUGGACUUUGGUGUGUUGAGUGACAUGCCUAAUAUUCGAAAAAAAGCUUGCUCCAAAUUGUUCAAGCAGCAGGAGCUUCAUAGAGCGCAGUUUUUGUCGUGUUACAGAGAUAUGGUAGCAGUUGUGACGCAAAUGGUUAAUACAUGUAAAUCAAUGAGGUGUUAUUUUAGAGGGACGAGUAAUAGUCCAUUAGCUCAAUUUUCUCUCUCCUCGGAAGACGACUCCGACAAUGGCAGCUGCGGCGGAAUCCCUGUUUUUACAUUCUUUUCAAUUACGUCUUUCGAAGAACUAGCUUGGGAGAUUGUUCGUAUGUUUAUAUCGGAAUUGAAUCUAAAGCGGUUGCUUGUGAUGGAACUACUCUCUGUCUACGAUGAAAAAGUUGCAGAAGUCGCUGUUUUGCACUGGUCGGAUGAAUUCUACGAUGGAGAAUUUAUCGAUCUGAGUCUAUUGAAUUUGUACUCGAACGAAAAUCGGGAACCAGUAUUUCCGUGCCUUAAAGGUUGCAAAACUAGUACUUCAACUGUCCAGUCUAAACAACUGCAGGAUAGCAAUGUUUUACAGGUUUACAUAACAACUUGGCUGGUGGAGGUGAAUAUAGACAGAUGCAGGGUGGACGAAAUAUUUGAUAUUGUAGGAGGGGAGAUGCGUGUUGACUUUUCCGAAACAUUAGGUUGACCAAAGUCGAAACAAAACGCAGGGCUGCAUAAUUAUCUGAGUUGCAAUGUGUAAAACUCGAGAGACGAUUUUUUGAUGUCAUUUUGUAACUAUUUAUUUACAAGGCAUUUCAAGCUGUCUCCCAAAAUGAAGAAAGUUAAAACAGAGAGUUGUGGAGAAUGGAUAAUUUUUUGUUUUGCUUAGUU